CUUGGGAAGACCGCGCCAAAGCUCAGACAGCGGCCACUCUUCGGGAUAAUAACAUACCGUGGUGGCCAUUUAAACGCGCUCUACUGUAGCUACGGUCACGAUACUCGUCGCAGUAUUUGGCUUAUUUUUUUCUUGGUGAAGAGGACCUUUUUCUCUGAAUCACCUGCAUUGAGACACAGGAGUGAGAUUUGAUGCCGGUUUUCGGGAAGCGGUGUGCGACUUCGCGGUCGUGACACGACUCUGACGGGCGCGGUGCGGCGGAGUUGGCGCACUGCUGGACUGGAUAUAUUAUUCCCUCGUAACCAAGACGGUCCUUACCACUAUUUAUACAGCGUUUAACUUCACCGCUUUUCUUUCUGCAUUGCUUCUUGUGACUCUUAAACGGUUGAAUAAGGGAUCGCUUUCACCGGCUUUUCAGCUCGAAUAUGUUGCUGUCAAAGUUUGGCUCUUUUUCGCACAUUUGCAAUCCCUCAAGUAUGGACCAUCUACCAGUGAAGAUACAACUCCAGCCAGUCAAAGUGGACAAGGAGCCAUUCGAAAAGGUUUACCAAGUGGGAUCUGUGCUUGGCAGCGGAGGAUUCGGAACAGUGUACGCCGGCAACCGGAUCUCCGAUGGCGCACCGGUUGCUGUGAAACAUGUUGCAAAGGAAAGGGUGACAGAGUGGGGCACAAUUAAUGGGGCUAUGGUGCCGUUGGAGAUACUGCUGCUGAAGAAGGUCAGCUCCUCUUUUCGCGGAGUUAUCAAAUUGCUGGACUAUUACGAGCGGGCGGACGGUUGGUUGAUAGUCAUGGAGAAGCCGGAGCUUGUCAAGGACUUAUUCGACUUUAUCACCGAGAAGGGCGCUUUGGACGAGGAUACGGCACGGGGCUUUUUCUGUCAGGUUUUGGAGGCGGUCAGACACUGCUACAGCUGCGGUGUAGUACACAGAGACAUCAAAGAUGAAAACCUGCUGGUGGAUCUACGCACAGGGGAGCUCAAGCUUAUUGAUUUUGGCUCAGGGGCGAUUCUCAAGGACACAGUCUACACUGAUUUCGAUGGAACGAGAGUCUACAGCCCACCAGAGUGGAUUCGCUUCCACAGAUAUCAUGGUCGCUCGGCGACAGUGUGGUCGCUAGGUGUGCUGCUGUAUGACAUGGUGUGUGGAGACAUCCCCUUUGAGCAGGAUGAGGAGAUCCUCAGAGGAAGGCUGUAUUUCAGACGAAGGGUUUCAGCUGAGUGCCAGCAGCUGAUCAAAUGGUGCCUGGCUCUUCGGCCAUCAGACCGCCCCACCCUGGAGCAGAUUUGUGACCACCCCUGGAUGAGGGUGACAGCAGAGUCACCUAAGUCACCAGAGGAGCCUGUGGCCGGGGACAUCCGCCUCAGGACCAUCAACACAGACUCUUCAUCAAGCACAAGCUCAAGCAAGGAGAGUCUCUGAGUGUGGCUCUGAUGGACUGAAAAGACUUUCUGGGGAAAGAAGGGGUGGGGACAGAAGGGGGUUAUAUGGACUAAAGGCCAGCAGCCCAACUGGUCUAUCAGUGGCCAGGCACUUGACUCAGCUGGCCCAGCAGGUGAAAUGUACUUUAAUUUUCCUCUUCUGUAGGGAAUUUCUAAUUUAUUGCAGUUUGUUCUUCUUUAUCUUAUUUUCCCCAUCCCCUCUUUUUUUCAUUUCAGUCAAUUAUACUUGUUUCCUGAUGGGGAACAUUUUGCUGUUGGGGCGGUCUUACCAGCACUAUUUAUUUCCCCUCCCUUUUAAACCUAAUUUUACUUUUGUUACUAGGCUGGUAUAUAUACAGCUGGCAAGGCCCUCCUAUUCAGAUAUGGCUGCUCUCAUAGAGCUUGGAGAAAAUGUUUUAUUUAAAUGUUUUAAUUUUGAUUUUGGAGUGCCUUUUUUGGAAAGCUGCUUUUUUUGGGGGGGGGGGCUUUCAUCAACAGCUCUGUUUUUGGGAUUUGCUCACGGUGUGGUGGUUAAGUUGUCUGUGCUGUGAUGGAAGGGGCAUCAAGGCUUUCUUUUUUUUUCCACCCUCUUGCUCCAUCACUCAUAGCCAACCAUCCCCAGGUCAAGAGGUUGUUAAAACUAGAUGGGAGAGAAGGAGGUGGGGGCUUUUCCUUACAGUAAAAUACUUGAAACACACUCGACUGAACUCUGUGUUGCUCUCUUUAACGCUGCUCAUUCACUUUAUAGCCUGAACAGGUGUUUGGAAACUGGAUCCUGUCUUUUCUGAAUGUCUACAAAAUGUCAAUACACACGUGCACCCUCUCACCCACCCACCACCUUUUUUCCCUCUCACGCCUGUUGCAGGGUAUUUAACCCUCUUGGCUUAUCUCUUCUUUAUUUUUUUGCCUCCAUCUCACUGCUUUACACUACAUGGCCCCCACCCUUGGCCUCUCUCAGGGUUUGGGGUGUGAAAUGCACAAUCAAUGCAAUAUUCAUGGACUUAAUUUUUUUCUCCCCUGUUUUUGUGGUUUCAAAAGAUGUACAGCGUGUUUUUUUUUCUCUCUCUUUUUGUGUGUAUUUUUUUUUUUCUCUUCCCAUUUGCUUUUAAUUUAUUCGUAAACAUGUAGACAUUCCACAUUCUGUGGUUAUUUAUUUAUUUAUUGUCUAUGCUUAAAAUCUCCCCUAAAAAUUUGCAUAUCCUACAUGGCCUUUGGUUUGCAUUCCUAUAACUUAUUUUUACAUUUCAACUUUUUUUUUUUUUUUGAGAUGUGGAGGAUGCACUGAAGCAGUUGUCAAUGUAAAGCAGAAUAAAACGUUUACUUAAAUUUGAAAAAGAGCAUUUGAAUGUUAUUUAACUACUUUAAAAAAAAGAUCUGUUGGUAAUGUUGAACGACUAGGUAUCAGAGUAAUCCAUCUGUGUACUGUCAAGAUUGAUUUGAGUUCUAUGGGAAGUUAAACAAUAGGUGGAACAGUUUUCAUAGUUGUCACAUAGCCUCAUAUUGGAAACCCUUCAGUUUAGCUGUGUGACUUGUGGCUGUGAAGGAUUGAUAUUGCUAUUUUUUGAUACAAAAGUUUCAAUUAAACACCCAUUUUUAUGUACAUAAAGCAAA